AUGCAAAAGAUCAUCACAUGGCUAUUCAUCUUGGCUGUGAUUUUACAGCUAACAUUGAAUGUUGGAGCUCAAGUUGUUCUUCCUGACCCAACGACCACAACCACUGUACCUCCCGCUUCAACAACAGUAAAACCACCUGGUUCAACUACUAUUCGCCCUAGUUCAUCAUCAGAUCCUCUUCCAGCUUCGUCCACCACCAUCUCAACAUUAGCUCCUCCAUCCAGCUCCUCAAUCAUUGUGCCUUCCUCUUCUUCUAUUGUUCCCUCAUCCUCAAGUUCAGUAGCGCCACCAAGCUCAAGCUCACAACCACCUUCUACCACCACGAGCUCAUCCAUUACUUCUAGUAGUACAGCUGCUACAAGCUCUUCUCCUACUCCCAGCGCAUCAGCAUCACCUACGCCUAGUAAUAAAGAACCUCCGACCAACAAUACACCACUUAUUGUUGGCUGCGUUGUUGGUGGUGUGGUCGGUAUUGCAUUGAUAGGUGGUAUCUUGGCUUGUGUGAAUCGUCGUGGUGGAUGCACCAAGAGAAGAGACAACAAGAAAUCAGACUUUGAAGAUUACGGGUUGGGAGACUUCCCUCACCACAGAACUGCAGCUAUGGCUGCUCCUGUGAUUGCCAACAACACCAAACCUGUGUCACCUACUAUCCCAAGAUUGAAUGAUCAGGGUAAUUACUACGCUGACGACGGCUAUGGGGGACAUUACGGUGGCGGAUACGCAGACAACAACAUGGACUAUGGUAUGCAACAGCAACAUGGCGGCUACUACUAUCCACAACAGCAACAGCAAGAAUAUUAUGACGACGGCAACUAUUACUACGAUAAUAACACAUCAGCUACUGCUUAUUCUUCAGUACCUCCCAUGCAACAGCACAGUCCUGCUAUGCACAACAAUGUUAUUCCUGGUGGACAACAAGGCUAUGCGAUGGGCAACGUUCCUCCUACACCAACACAGCACGAUAUUUAUAAGCCGGAUGACGUUGGAUCUCCAAUCAACAACACCAAUGUUGGAAAUGUACCUCACAAUAGAUAG